GCCCAGUAUUAAUAGACAAAGCGCGGCCCGCCUCAGCUCGAGAUCUGGUCGACGCUCGUUUCGGGCCUUGGUUUCUGCUUGAAUAGGUUCUCGCCUCUUCUUCUUGGCGCUACCAAAGUCCGACAUGGACCCUUUCAGAUACAAAAUGGCAUAUGAAGCCUUGAGCUUCCAUAACCGUCAAGUGGAGGACAUCCUCUCUAAAACGCUCUCUCAGAAACCAGACAUCAUCUCUCAGGCAGACGAUUCCGACUCGAAUGCAUAUGUUAUAUCAUUUCCCGAGGACGACUCGGAUGGCAUGGAAUGGAUGCCGACUGAACCUGCGCAGUCGGUGAGAUGUGAUAAUCCUUCAGCGGGGUUGGGGACGAGAUCAGAACUUCUACUUGGGCCAGGACAUGUUUCCAGUUCGAGUGAUAAUACGAGUCCGUCCGCAGUACCUUCUCAGGCCCAAGACGGAGCUCUCAUGGAUGAAGGCAUCAAGAAGCUUGUGCAACAAUUUCCAUCCGUCAUGAGCCAUGAUGGGUCUGGCUCCUUCACACCCUCGACCCUAGAGGUACCCAAAGAUUUUGGAAUGCAAAUGAGUAUUACUAUCAACCAUCAUUUGUCCCUUGUGGAAGAUCGAAAGAUCAUGGAAAAAUAUCGUCGACUUCUUGGGCAUCGGAAGGAUGCAUCCAAACGUAAAAACAUGCGGCUCGGGUUCGAUCCGUCCGAGCUGAUACGGAAGCAAGCUGUGGUUUUACCAGAAGAUACACCAACGAAGUUGUCGACUCUUACAAAUGACAUACACCCUAUCUUUAAGCCCGAAAACUUUCACGGCUGCCCGGACGCGAUCUAUGAGAUCUUGAAACCAGCGUUGAGACUCAGUACACAAUUUCUACUCUCUCGAGGUACGUCGAGCUUUUGGCACACAUUACUAUUUGGCGAGCGGGAAGUAUGUCAAGACACUUCGACACAGUACGGACAGGAAUGCAUUCGAAUUCGGAAGGAUGUUCCGUGGUCGGAGCAGAACGCCGAGGUAUUCGAACAAGUCCUUCUCAACCAAGCCGAUGCCAUCCACUUCUUCUUCCACAAAGAUCCUUUGCCUCCAAAUCCCGUCUAUGCGUCCAUGGGGUUAAUAGCAGAUUACAAAAACGGCGUAGUACGGCGGAUGAACGAAAAAUGUCAUAAAAGCAAGAUCUGUCUGCACACGGACUUCUAUACAACGGCAAAAAGACUCAGCCUAUUACAAUACCCUGAUCCAGCGAUGGUAUUAAGAUUCAACCUAUUUCUUGCAGUCUGUCUUACACAUGAGAUGUCACAUUUCCUGGAAGUGGCGGGGCCUCAUCAGCAAACGCUCUUAGGGCGACCCGAGGUUUUCUUCUACGACAACAUGUGGACUGAGUCUGGCGUUGCCUUCGAACUGAAGAUUUUCGGUGGUCGCGUGCACCCAGUAUCUCUUCGCGUGGACUGCAGCCUCGGACUAGCGAUUCUGAACUAUCCGUUGAAACAGAUCUACGACAAGGAAGACAAUGUUCUAUACACUAUCCCAAUGGAUUACGUCGCGAUGUUGCAGAGGCAAGAAACUUGGGAGCAGGACUUCAGUAACGUGGAUUCGACCUUCUUUCACAUUCCUCGCAGCGGCACGAAAUCGACAGAGCUGAACGGCACGAACCUAAUGAUAUGGGAGGAUGAGCAGGAUGCCGAUAUCUCAGACCAUAUCGACGGGAAGGACACGACAUUCCACCGGAUGGAUAAUGGCCAAAUUGUGAAAAACAAAGCUACCACAGCUAGACGGCCGGUCAAGAAGCGCUGGACGCCGUACGAUCGCCCGAAGGACCAGACAUUGGCUACUGGGGACUGUGUCUUAAAAGAGCUUCCUGAGGACGCCGCAGUGCCAGGGUGUGAGUUGGAGAAGGAGGCCGCGGGGACGGUGGAGAUGGUUGAUGAUGAUGUUAUGUCUGCAUAA